AUGGACCCCGCCGUCGCUCGCGAGCUGUCCCGGAUCGACCCCGCGGUGCCGUUCCGCAGCUCUACCGGACAUCUCCAUCACACUUGGGCUCGCUCGUUCUACUCACGGCCAGAGUUAUACAUCCAGCCGCAAUCCCUUACCGAGAUACAAAAAGUCGUGAACUUGGCUCGCCGGUGCCGCCGUCGCAUUGUAGUUGUUGGUAGCGGCCAUUCGCCUUCCGACCUGACAUGUACAUCGGCGUGGAUGGUGAAUUUGGAUGACUUCAAUCGCAUAUUGGACGUUAAUACCGAGACUGGGGUUAUCACGGUUGAGGCGGGUAUACGGCUGAGAGACUUGGGGGAACGAUUGGAGAAGGAUCAUGGGCUGACGCUUUCAAAUCUGGGGAGUAUCGACAGUCAGUCCAUUGCUGGUGUUAUUGCGACCGGCACUCAUGGAAGUUCGUUGGCACAUGGCCUGAUCUCGGAAUGCAUCGUUUCGUUGACGUUGAUGUUGGCGAAUGGGCAAUUGGUACGCUGCAGUGCAAACAGCAACCAGGACCUUUUCCGGGCGGCUCUCAUCUCGCUGGGGGCGCUAGGAAUAGUUGUUGAAGUUAGUUUCCGCUCGGAGCCGUCGUUCAAUAUUGCUUGGAAACAAAGAAGGCGCUUGCUUUCAAGCGUACUGGGUGAAUGGUCCUCGGGCUUAUGGACGUCGCACGAGUUCGUCCGCAUAUGGUGGAUGCCGUACGAAAAAAGUGCGAUUCAUUGGUAUGCCGACAAGACAGAUCUCCCACUGAGGCCCCCACCAAAGAACUUCUACGGAGAGUCACUUGGAUAUCAUGUAUACCAUAAUUUGCUGGCCCUGUCAAAUUAUUUCCCUCGGAUUCUCCCAUGGGUGGAAUGGUUUGUUUUCGGUAUGCAGUACGGGUUUAAAGCUGAAAAGACCGUUACAGAGGCUGUUGAAAAGGCACGCACGGGACUCUUGAUGAACUGUCUAUACUCGCAGUUCGUGAAUGAGUGGGCACUGCCCCUGGAGAAGGGUCCAGAGGCAAUCACAAGGUUGUCGGCCUGGCUGCAUGGUGAUACUGAAACAGCCCGCAUACCGUUCCCCGUCGAUGGAUUGUGGGUUCAUUGCCCUGUCGAGGUCAGGGUUGCAGACACUACGCUAAACACAAAUCCACGCCCUUUCCUCGACCCAAGCAGCUCUGAGGGACCAACAUUGUAUCUCAAUGCAACGCUCUACCGUCCAUAUCAUAGAGAUCCUCCGUGUAGGGACCGAUAUUACGAAGCAUUCGAGUGGCUGAUGAGGGAUAUGGGCGCGAAACCGCAUUGGGCCAAGAAUUUCAAGUCAACCGGCCAGGAGCUGCGGGAGUUGUAUGGAGAGAACAUGAAUCAGUGGCUUCGAGUACGUCAAGAUGUUGAUGCAGACGGCAUGUUCCUUGGCGAAUGGCAUAAUCGCACUCUCGCUUUGUCCAAUGACGAAGGUCCAGGAUCAAGAUCCUCCAGCAGAAGCGCCUUUCCGUUAAUGGAGCGCGAGAAGGCCCGUCAGCAGGCGGGCGUCCGCGGUGCAGGUGAUGGUGUCGAGUGGAUCGGAGAUAAGCGGUGGCACGCAGACGAAGAAAAGGCGACUAGUCUUUUAUCGACCAUGGAAAAAGAGAGGCAGACAUCUAGUUCGCCAACAACAGCAACAAGUGAAGAAAGCUUCGACCUCCUCGCAUCUGGCGAGGCUAGUGUUCUCAUCCCUCAGCCGUGA